UCUGCUCUAUGUUUAUGUUCUGUAAAGCUGCUUUGAGACAAUGUCUAUUGUAAAAAGCGCUAUACAAAUAAACUUGAAUUGAAUUUAAUUGAAUAUGGUGCAUUUGGCUUCUAAAUUGUUUUUGGUUAUGUGGGCAAUGCUGUGUAGUAAUUUUGAGUUUUUGUUUUGCAGUUUGACCACACGUACACACAAAACCUGAACUUUAAACUACAGCAACAACAACAACAAGUUCAUGGGUUGUCCAGUGGGGAAACAAAAGGAUCCUGUUUCGUGUGAUUGUUGAUGCAGGCAAGGCAAUGAAAUAGAAACUAAUCUUUUAGCAGGAAACGAAACUCAGUCUCAGAGAGACAUUCAGCUCUACACUCUGAGCUGUGAGAUUCUAACAUUCACAAGCUAGAUGGCAGGACAAUUAAAGCAGAACAUGGCCUGGCUCCUUUCACCUAAAAUGCUGUUGAUAUAUUUGGUUGUGGUUGUGGCAGCUUUUGGGAUUCAGUUCUUUGAGCAACAGAACAGCUCUUCAGAAGAACAAGUUCAAGAAAUCAGUGACGAGCUUCGAAUCCUGAUGAUCGGAAAGACCGGUGUGGGCAAAAGUGCAACAGGAAACACCAUCCUUGGAAGAAAGGCUUUUAAAUCUGAUAUGUCUUCUUCAUCUGUAACCACACAGUGUGAGAAAGAAAAUGGACAUGUCCAUGGCAGGAAAGUGUCUGUUAUUGACUCUCCAGGGCUGUUUGACACUCAGUUAUCUGUAGAUGAGGUGGUCAGUCGGAUUAAGCUGUGCAUUCCCUUCUCUGCUCCAGGACCUCAUGUCUUUUUAGUUGUGAUUCAAAUAAGUAGAUUUACAGAGGAAGAAGAAAAAACAGUUCAGCUAUUUCAAGCCAUUUUUGGAGAAAAGUCCUCCAGGUACACUAUGGCUCUCUUUACUCAUGGAGAUCAACUAAAGGGGAAAAAUAUUCAUCACUUUGUUCGAAACAAUACAAAGCUUUUGAAUUUUAUCAUGAAAUGCAAUGGAGGAUACCAUGUGUUUAAUAAUGAAGACCAGAAUCCAGAACAAGUCAUCCAGCUUCUGGAUCAGAUUGAUAUGAUGGUCACUGUAAAUGGUGGAGAACAUUACACUACAGAGAUGCUUCAGGAAGUAGAGAGAGAGACAGAAGCAGAGAAACAGAGGAUCCUCAAAGAAAAUGAAGCACGGAGACAGAAGGAAAUAGAAGAGCUGAAGAAGAUGGUUGAAGAGGAAGUUUUGGAGAGUGAAAAAAGAAGGCUGUCAAACGUAGGUCGGGGAUAUCAGGCAGAGCAGAGGGAAAGCGUAGAGCAGCGCGCUGGGCCAUGGAUGAGCCAGAGCGUCCACGCCGAGGGGGGCGUCCUCGUCCUGAAGCGAGAAGAACAUAGGACAGUGGGCGUUUUCGCACGAGGCGAAGAGAUUGACGGCAGCCUGGCCGAACCUCUCCCAGAGCAGUUCCACUAUCUGGGGGUGGAGCCUCCACUCUCCGUACAGAGGGUUCCCCUUCGACAGAAGGGAGGAGGGGCAGGAGCUGCUUCCUCGGGCCGGAAGGAGGCCCUAGAAGCUUACCGUCAUACACGUCCCUCUCCUGAUCCGAAGCGUUCAGGAGAGCCGGCCAUUCGAUGUCGAGGCGCGCGGCCACGCGUUCGCAAAGCUCCAACAGCAACGAUUGAGGUGGAGCGGGGGGAGCCUGAGGGGCCGCGGAAGACGGGAUGGCUACCUCGUCAUCCGAGCCCUCGAGAAGGCCCGCCUCGGCCUCAUCCCCAGAACCUGCCAGUCCUUCGGGGAAGCGGUCGUUGGCCGCUCGCAGUCGACACACUGGGAAGUGGCCGUCUUGAGCCUGCGACGCAGGAGCUUUUUUGGGAGCGCCAGGCAAUGGCUACAGUUCUAUGGCAGAUCAAUAGCCUCUUGAGACAGGCGGCUCGCGAAGCUAACCUGGCUGAGGACGAACACGUCCGGCGGAGGCUGAUCAAGCGAUAUGUCCUCCUGAAGACAGAAACUUUGCAGAAUGAGCUUACAGAAAAAAAGCCUUCACAGAACACAGAACAGAAGAAAACGUCCUGGUUGCCUUCUUCUAAACUAUUUGUAUGUUUGGGAUGUUUGCUUAUGGUAUUUCUUGGGAUUCAGAUGCAACAGAACAAGUCUUCAAGUGAACAAGUUCAAGAAUCCAGUGACGAGCUUCGGAUCCUGAUGAUCGGAAAGACAGGUGUGGGCAAAAGUGCAACAGGAAACACCAUCCUUGGUAAAAAGGCUUUUAAAUCUGAUAUGUCUUCUUCAUCUGUAACCACACAGUGUGAGAAAGAAAAUGGACAUGUUCAUGGCAGAAAAGUGUCUGUUAUUGACUCUCCAGGGCUGUUUGACACUCAGUUAUCUGUAGAUGAGGUGGUUGAUCGGAUUAAGCUGUGCAUUCCCUUCUCUGCUCCAGGACCUCAUGUCUUUUUAGUUGUGAUUCAAAUAGGUAGAUUUACAGAGGAAGAAGAAAAAACAGUUCAGCUAUUUCAAGAAAUCUUUGGAGAAAAUUCCUCCAGGUACACUAUGGCUCUCUUUACUCAUGGAGAUCAACUAAGGGGGAAAAAUAUUCAUCACUUUGUUCGAAACAAUACAAAGCUUUUGAAUUUUAUCAUGAAAUGCAAUGGAGCAUACCAUGUGUUUAAUAAUGAAGACCAGAAUCCAGAACAAGUCAUCCAGCUUCUGGACCAGAUUGAUAUGAUGGUCACUGUAAAUGGUGGAGAGCAUUAUACUACAGAGAUGCUUCAGGAAGCAGAGAGAGCGAUAGAAGCAGAGAAACAGCGGAUCCUGAAAGAAAAUGAAGCACAGAGACAGAAGGAGAUAGAAGAGCUAAAGAUGAAGUUUGAAGGGGAGGCACUAGAGAAAGCAAAAGCGCAACGAAAUGAGGAACAUAUAAGAGCAGCAAGAAUGCAAGCUGAGAGAAGCACUUCUCUGUUUGGAUUUAUAGGCAAUAUCAUCAAGCUAAUUCUCACACCGAUUAUACAUUUUUUUCUUUGGUAACAACAUGUAAGAUCAGAAUGUAUUUUAAAGUAAUAAUUUACUCCUAAUUUAAUUUUGAGCAACGUGUCAAAUAUUGUUUUUAAAUAAAAAAAUUAAUAUGUUCAAAAUGUUCAAUUCCUUUAGAUUUAGUGUGAUUGAAAAUUAUUAUGUUUAAAUUUUUUUUUCAUGAAAUACUUUCAGUAGUUACGAACAAUUUUGAGUCAAAUCUAUAUUAUUGUAGUGUAUUUUCUUAAUAUUGACACUGUUGUUUCCUGGCAAACAUUAUUUUCUGACUGUUUAUU